UUCAAGUUUUGCGUUAUGACCUGUUGUUGUUUUAUGAACUCUGUGAAUUUCCUAACAGAAGUCCCGGAGGGGAUUUGGGUGCCAAAAAGAAAAAGAAGAAACAGAAGAGAAAAAAGGAGAAACCAAAUUCUGGCGGCACCAAGUCAGACUCAGCAUCUGAUUCCCAGGAGAUUAAAAUUCAGCAGCCUUCAAAACACAACACCAUCUGGCAGCAGAUUCCGGUGGGAGCCACCACGGAAUCCCACCAUUCCAAUGCAGAAGUUGCAGGAUAUCCAGAGGGCAAUGGAGCUGUUAUCUGCCUGCCAGGGCCCCGCCAGGAACAUUGAUGAGGCUGCCAAACACAGAUACCAGUUUUGGGACACUCAGCCGGUACCCAAACUAAAUGAAGUAAUAACAUCUCAUGGUGCAAUUGAGGCUGAUAAAGAAAACGUGCGUCAGGAACCGUAUUCCUUGCCACAGGGUUUUAUGUGGGACACUUUAGAUCUGGGUAACGCCGAAGUGCUCAGGGAGUUGUACACCCUGCUGAAUGAGAAUUACGUGGAAGACAAUGACAACAUGUUCCGGUUUGACUAUUCGCCCGAGUUCCUGUUGUGGGCUCUGCGUCCCCCAGGCUGGCUCCCUCAGUGGCACUGUGGGGUCAGGGUAUCUUCGAACAGAAAACUAGUGGGGUUCAUUAGUGCUAUCCCUGCAAGCAUCCGGAUCUACGAAAGCGUGAAGAAGAUGGUCGAAAUCAACUUUCUCUGUGUGCAUAAGAAAUUGAGAUCGAAACGUGUAGCCCCGGUGUUGAUUCGAGAAAUAACCAGAAGAGUGAACCUGGAAGGGAUUUUCCAGGCCGUUUAUACUGCUGGUGUGGUUCUUCCUAAGCCAGUGGCCACGUGCAGAUACUGGCAUCGAUCACUCAACCCCAGAAAGCUGGUAGAAGUCAAAUUUUCUCACUUGAGUAGAAAUAUGACUUUGCAGAGAACAAUGAAGCUAUACAGACUUCCGGAUGUUACAAAAACUGCAGGCUUGAGGCCGAUGGAACCAAGAGAUAUCAAAGCCGUUCAAGAACUAACCAACAGUUACCUGAAGCAAUUUCAUUUAGCCCCGGUGAUGGAUGAAGAGGAAGUAGCCCACUGGUUCCUCCCCCAAGAGCACAUCAUUGACACUUUUGUAGUGGAGAACGCCAGUGGUAAGCCAACUGACUUCCUGAGCUUCUACACACUCCCCUCCACAGUCAUGCACCACCCGGCUCACAAGAGCCUCAAAGCCGCCUACUCCUUCUACAACAUCCACACCGAGACGCCGCUGCUGGACCUCAUGACCGACGCGCUCAUCCUCGCCAAGCUGAAAGGAUUUGAUGUAUUCAAUGCACUAGAUUUGAUGGAAAAUAAGACAUUUUUGGAAAAACUCAAGUUUGGCAUAGGAGAUGGCAAUUUACAGUAUUACUUGUACAAUUGGAGGUGUCCAGGAACAGAGUCUGAAAAGGUUGGGCUUGUAUUACAAUAGAUGGAUAUUUCUAUUUCGAGAACUCUAACAUCAUCACUCAUUAAUAUUCUAGUUCGUGAUUCCUAGAACUGUCAUUCCAAAGAAGAAUAAAAGCACAACAGAAAUGAAAUCGAAGUAGUCAGUAACAGAAAAGGUGAAAAAGCACCCCUUCGCGACCAACAGAAAACAUUCCUAGCUAGGACAUUAACACUCACCCUUUUCUUUCACUGUUUACCCAUUUGUGGGAAAUGGAAGGAAGGUACAAAGAGCACAUUCCUGUCAUUUUCAACCUUCCGUUGUCUCUUGAUGAAGAGAAGCUAUUUUUUCCACUCUCUAGAAACGGGACUGCUGGUCUGUGGACUGAACAGUAGUCACAGAAUAACGUAAGGAGAUCUCUGCCCUCGUGUGGAGAUAAACUGCGACCUUUCUGUUUAUUAAGUGUCGGUCUGUUGGUCCACGGAGCAGAAUAAAGCAGCCAUUCGGAAAGUGUCUACUUACAUGACCUCACGUGACCUCAUCGGGAAUGUCUGUGGAACCAGCACCUCUGUGACUCAGUGAUGAGCAGUGGAUGUUCAAGAGUGAGGUAGAAAUGGACUGGUGACUAUGUGUUUCUCAAGGAGCGAAGUUGCCAAAUCAGUAAACACACAGAUGUGUGCUUUCAUCUCCAACAGGUCGGUGGAUUGGUUGAAAAGCAAGGCUCUGAGCUGAGUAUGCACCCAUGAUGAAUUAGACUUUUCUGGUCCUGCACGGACUUUUGCUGCUUCUCAGCAACCGCCAGGAGAUGUGAGGAAAAGAAAAUAAAAGCUCUCAAGUCAGAAGACACGCCCAGUGGGAUCUGUCAGCGCUAUCAGGACAGUGGUGGUCGGAAUGUUAUUACUUAUGCAGAAUUGCACAUACUCCUUUAUGCUGACUCUAAUUUAUCAUAAAAGCUGUCAUGCGAUAGAAAGAUGUCUUAUUUGUAAAUAAGUAUCAUAAUUUUGUUACUGAUGAUGUUUUUAUCUAGGAUUUGAAAAACCAUGUCUCUCAGUUUACAGAGAUACGUAUAUAUUGCCAGUAACCCGGGGGGGAAAAGAUGCUGGAUGAGGCCAUGUAAACUGGCCUCAACUCCGACACCACAGAGUAAAUACUUCUUCCCUGGCUUUACUGCACCAGUGCCUAGGCCGUUCAGUCCAGAAAAUCUCACUACCUUAGACAACACGAUGCCCUUCCUUCAUGUGACAAGUAGUCAAAGGAAACCAGUCAUCCCUUCUGCCCGGCAGGACCUCGCACUAUGGCCCAUGAGCUAAAGCCAACCCACCACCCUUUUUUGUACGGCCUACCAGCUAAGAAUGGUCUUCACAUUUCUGAAUGGGUUGAGGAGAAAACAAAUCAAAUGAGUAACGUUUUAUGACAUGAAAAUUGUAGGAAAUUCAGAUUUCAGCAUCCACAAAUAAAGUUUUAUGGGAACACAGCCA